GCUGUUUGGAGACCGAUCAGGGGAACGUGACUGGAGGUCCCGCUCGCGCUCCCUCCGGCGCCAUGGGCAAGGAGAAAACCCACAUCAACAUCGUGGUCAUCGGCCACGUGGACUCGGGGAAAUCCACCACCACCGGGCACCUCAUCUACAAGUGUGGGGGCAUCGACAAGCGAACCAUCGAGAAGUUCGAGAAGGAGGCAGCCGAGAUGGGGAAGGGCUCCUUCAAAUACGCCUGGGUGCUGGAUAAGCUGAAGGCGGAGCGGGAGCGUGGGAUCACCAUCGACAUCUCCCUGUGGAAGUUCGAGACCACCAAGUACUACAUCACCAUCAUUGACGCCCCUGGCCACAGAGACUUCAUCAAGAACAUGAUCACCGGCACCUCUCAGGCUGACUGUGCGGUGCUGAUUGUGGCAGCCGGGGUGGGAGAGUUUGAAGCUGGCAUCUCUAAGAACGGGCAGACGCGGGAGCAUGCCCUGCUGGCCUACACGCUGGGGGUGAAGCAGCUCAUUGUUGGGGUGAACAAGAUGGACUCCACGGAGCCCCCUUACAGCGGCAAGCGCUACCAGGAGAUCACCAAGGAAGUGAGCACCUACAUCAAGAAGAUCGGCUACAACCUAGCCUCUGUGGCAUUCGUGCCCAUCUCUGGCUGGCAUGGGGACAACAUGCUGGAGGCCAGUGCCAAUAUGCCUUGGUUCAAAGGCUGGAGCAUCACAAGGAAGGAAGGCAACGUUUCUGGCACAACACUGCUGGAAGCCCUGGAUUCCAUUAUCCCUCCUUCCCGCCCCAUCAACAAACCCCUCCGCCUGCCCCUGCAGGAUGUCUACAAGAUCGGCGGUAUCGGAACGGUCCCCGUGGGCCGCGUGGAGACUGGCUUCAUGAAGGCUGGCAUGGUGGUGACUUUUGCCCCUGCCAAUGUCACCACGGAGGUGAAGUCGGUGGAAAUGCACCACGAGGCUCUGGCAGAGGCGCUGCCGGGUGACAAUGUUGGGUUCAACGUGAAGAACGUGUCUGUGAAAGACAUCCGGCGUGGGAACGUGGCCGGAGACAGCAAGAAUGACCCUCCCAUGGAGGCCGGUAGCUUCACUUCUCAGGUCAUCAUCCUGAACCACCCUGGCCAGAUCACUGCUGGCUACUCCCCAGUGCUGGAUUGCCACACUGCUCACAUUGCCUGCAAGUUUGCAGAGCUGAAGGAGAAGAUCGACCGCAGGUCUGGCAAGAAGCUGGAGGAGAAUCCCAAGGCACUGAAGUCUGGAGAUGCUGCCAUUGUGCAGAUGAUUCCUGGCAAACCCAUGUGUGUGGAGAGCUUCUCAGAGUACCCACCUCUUGGGCGCUUUGCUGUGCGUGACAUGAGGCAGACAGUGGCUGUGGGGGUGAUCAAGGCUGUCGAGAAGAAGGCUGGUGGAUCUGCCAAGGUCACCAAGUCGGCAGUGAAGGCCAGUAAGAAGUGAAUUCUCCUCCUCUGUCUCCACUUUUGGUUUGUGGAUGCUCAGAGACACCAAUGGCGGAUGCCCAGCCCCCUACAAUCACAGAUCCGUGUCUGGACUCGCUUAUCCAGGACUGGCUCCUGAGCGGUAAAACACACUGGAAGAGCUUCCAAAGGAAAGGAAGAUGAUAGGACUCUUUUUUUUUUUUUUUUUUUUUUUCCCCCUAAUUUUUUCUUUUGUAUAUUGGGCUGCACUUAUGGGGUUUUUUUUUCCCCUCAACUUGCUCACUGGUGGUAUGAAUAAAUUAUGAUGAUUUUGGUUUCA